UGGGGCCUUGACGUCGUCAUGUAUUGAGAAAACGAGCGCAUAAACAUUAAGAAACUGCCGGCUUGUAGCUGCACAAUCAAACGCCCAUGUCUCUGCCUCAAUUUGCGCCCUUUCCAGACGCCAAAGUCCGACAGAGCAUUCGGCCAGACGAGUGGCAGCUGUACCUGGAAUCAUGGACGUCGCUGACAGAUCUCUAUCUGCGCCUGGAUGAUCAGCAGUUUGCAUCGGCGCGGAAGGAUGUUGAUUCGCUGGGGCUCUUCUUGAUCUCCUUCUUUCACGAGCUUGCAGGCGACGACAGCCUUGCAACAAGGGUCACCUCGCUGCGCAAGAAGUCAUUCCUGUUACUGCACAGGAUAUGGUCUGGGCAGGAUAUCGAGGACGCCUUCCUUGUCUGGCCAGUGCUGGCCGAUAUCUGUCAUGCCUUCACAAAGAGUGAGCAGUUUCGCAACCUGCUCCAAGCCUUGUGGAAGCGGAAAAGUGGGGCAAUCGAGAAGUCACUACAGACAGCGAAGACAUCCCUGAUUCGGAAUCUGGAAUCGAAACGACCUGAGGAAACAGAGAGCACUUUGAACCGAAUAGCGCCGCUUUUGAGAGCUUCGCCAAACGCGAGCAUUUACAUGCUUACUGGUUCUGAUUUCCUUGAUGCGCUUUCCAGCGCCUACCCCAAAGUGCCGCCAGCAAUGCAGAAGAAGCUCGUCACAACCGCAUAUCUCGGUCUCACGGCUACACUGGAAGGAGAGAAACCAAACUACUCUCUUCUGUCCGAUCACCUCUAUUCACUCAAGUCCAGUGAAGAGCUGGAGCAAAAGAAGGAACCGGGGAAGAGGACGCUUGUUGCAGAUUUAGUGACCAUUACGCCGCUACUUGAGAAGAUAAGAGACAAGGCUACUGCCCCUGAAGCGUCUAGAGUUCGGAACACAGCAGCGUCGCUCAGCGCGUUCCGUCAAGCAGGCGUCGUUCGACCCAAGCGACUCGUGCGACGAAAGGUGGAUAAGGGCAAGAGUAAAGCAGAGGGAGAUGACCACGGCAACGCAGCGUUUACUGGUGAAUUCCACAUCCAUCGCAUGAGUGUAGUCACUCAAAUACAGGAUCUGUUCCCGGAUCUUGGUGCCGGCUUUGUUGUGAAGCUGCUGGAUGAGUACAACGACAACGUCGAGGAAGUCACCGCGCAUCUGCUGGACGACUCAUUACCGCCGCAUCUCGCUAAUGCCGACCGCAGCGAGCAGUUCCCCACAUCAACCUCAGCACCACCAUCACAUCUCCCUCCCAGGUCGAGCCAACAUCUGCCCGAACGGCGCAACAUCUUUGACGACGACGAAUUCGACAAGCUCGCCGUCGACACCUCCCGACUCCACAUCGGGCGCAAAAACCAACACCUCACCGCCGACAAAGUCCUCUCCGACCGCAGCACCGCGCCGGAGAAAUCCCACAUCCUCGCCGCCCUCGCCGCCUUCGACUCCGACGACGACGAGCGCGACGACACCUACGACUUCGAAGACGUCGGCGCCUCCGUCGACACCGCCCCAGACGCCGACGCCCUGUCCGGCAAGACAGAAGAAGCUCUCUUCCGCGCCUACACGACCACCCCUGCCGUCUUCACCCGCGGGUCGGAUACCCGCCGCGGCGCGCCGCGCGCCGCCCUCAGAGCAGACACCGGCAUGACCGACGAGGCGAUCGAGGGCUGGGGCCUGAUGGCCGGACGCGACCCGCGGCGUCUCCGCCGCCUGGAAGCGCGGUUCUCGGCUUUCGCGGGACAGCAGCGCGAACUGCACGCGUCGGCGUGGAAAGCCAGUCCCGCUGGGUCGGGCGACGAGGCGAGCGGCGACGGCGGACGCGGCGGGUUUGGCGGGCGCGGUAGGGGCCGUGGACGCGGUGGCGGUCGGGGAGGACGCGGCGGGAGCGUGGCUGGGCCUAGCGAUGAUAAGGCGACGCAGAUCUCGCGGCAGCGGAAGGAGGCGAAUAAGGGUGCGAGUGCGAAUCACAACCGCAAGGCGCAGCGGGACAAGAAGAUGGCGCGCGGGGGGUUCGCAGGGUAGAUGUGUGUGGUGCUUACGCAGGAACUAUGAGACCGAGGAGAUAGACCGUGGGAAACGAAGACAAAAGCGAACGCAGCGAGCCUC